CCUGCGGCGGUGAGUUGUGACAGGCCGCCGUGGGCUGUUGAUGACCUGCCCUCCACCUCCCCUCCACGUUGCCUUAUAAAGUCCCCCAACCCCUGAUCAUUCGACUCACACUCUCUCUAUUACCUCCCUACAGUCAACUGUGCUCAUUUGCACUUGCAACAUACACUUUAUCUCUCUACUUUCCACAAAAAUGGCUACCUGGUUCGACGGCAAGAAGUCCUUCGCGGACGUUCCCAUCACCGCCAACGGCAUCUCAACUGAGGAGUUCCUCGAUGCUGCUGAGGCCCUGACCACUUUGUUCGAUCUCAUGCAAUCCAAGGCUUUCGGCGUUGUCAAGUCUGACCUCACCGGCAACAUCAAGAAAGUCAGGGACAGGUUCCUGGCUGCUCCCGCCGAGUCCCAGACUCUCCAAGAGCUUGUUGUGAACGAGCUCAAGACCGGAAAGCACACCGCCACCGAGGGUCUCCUCUGGCUCGUUAGAGGACUUGACUUCACCGCCCAAGCUCUUCGCCACAACAUUGACAACGCCUCCACCGAGCUCGCCGACUCCUUCCGCAAUGCUUACGGCGGCACCCUCAAGCCUCACCACUCCUUCGUUGUCAAGCCCCUCUUUUCCGCUGCCAUGUCGGCCUGCCCUUACCGAAAGGACUUCUACUCUAGACUGGGCGAUGAUCAGGCUCAGGUGCAGGCGAACAUGAAGGUUUAUGUUGCGGCCCUUGAGGAGCGGAUCAAGAUCCUCAAGGCAUUCAUGGAGAGCCCCCAGGCUAAGUGGUAGAUAUCUUUCUGAAGGCUAGGUGAUGUCAGGCACAUUCGGCAUAUGAAGGAAAGCGCAGUUUUUGAAAUGUACAUACAUAUAUUCGGGAAAGUCUGAGACUUCUUGCAUGUUAUUUAUAGAGAAGAUUUGGUCUGCGCAGGGUUUGUCGUAUCUCUGCUACUCCGCACUUGGAGAGAACUUUCAUUUUACGGGGAGGUGUUUAUCCACAAAUCCCUUGCCCAAGUGGUCGAGACGAUCACAGGAGGACAUUUGUACGAGACGAUUCGUGAGCUUGUUCAAGUCUUUGGCCGCUCUGGCGCCAUCACAACCAUGGCAUCGUUUCGUUCCUGUGGCCCGGUACAAUCCUUCCAAAUUAUCUUAGACAGCAAUGCACAUAUAAGAACUG